AUGAACAAAGAUCAGACCAUUAUCCCUCCCAACCUUUCCAUGUGGUCUGGACCCUCCCUGAGGGCCCUGGUGGCAGCAGAGGAGGGUACCACACUGUGCCCUGGGCCAGAUUCCACCUUGCUGUUGUGCAAGGCAGGGCUGUCAGACUCAAGAAAAAGGCAAAAUGAAGAUCAUGAAGAAUUUUUGCCAACUGGAGAAACCUCCAUAGACUCCUACCCAAACUGGUUAAAAUUCCACAUUGGCAUUAAUCGGUACGAGUUGUAUUCCAGACAUAAUCCUGCAAUUGAGGCUUUACUGCAAGACCUGGUCUCCCAAAAGAUAACCAGUGUUGCGAUGAAAUCAGGAGGUACCCAGCUGAAGCUGAUCAUGACGUUCCAGAACUAUGGACAAGCAUUGUUCAAACCAAUGAAACAAACCAGAGAACAAGAAACCCCGCCUGACUUUUUUUAUUUCUCAGACUAUGAAAGACAUAAUGCGGAAAUAGCAGCAUUUCAUUUGGACAGGAUCCUGGAUUUCCGUCGUGUUCCACCAGUUGCAGGCAGACUGGUUAACAUGACGAGAGAAAUACGAGAUGUGACUCGUGACAAGAAACUGUGGAGAACGUUUUUCAUCUCACCAGCCAACAACAUCUGCUUCUACGGGGAAUGCUCCUACUACUGCUCCACAGAACACGCCCUGUGCGGAAAGCCGGAUCAGAUCGAGGGGUCUCUGGCUGCUUUCCUGCCUGAUUUGUCUUUAGCUAAAAGGAAAACCUGGAGGAACCCCUGGAGACGUUCCUACCACAAGCGCAAGAAAGCAGAAUGGGAAGUUGAUCCAGAUUAUUGUGAAGAGGUUAAACAAACACCCCCCUAUGACAGUGGGACCAGAAUUCUGGAUAUAAUGGAUAUGACAGUUUUUGAUUUCCUAAUGGGUAACAUGGAUCGACAUCACUAUGAAACCUUUGAGAAGUUUGGAAAUGAAACAUUUAUUAUCCACUUAGAUAAUGGAAGAGGGUUUGGAAAAUAUUCCCAUGAUGAACUUUCCAUAUUGGUGCCUUUAAACCAGUGCUGCAGAAUAAGGAAGUCUACCUAUCUGCGAUUACAGCUCUUAGCCAAGGAGGAAUACAAACUCAGUCUCUUGAUGAAGGAAUCUUUACUAAAAGAUAAAAUAGCUCCCAUUCUUUACCAGCCUCACUUGGAGGCGAUGGACAGGAGGCUGCGGAUUGUCCUCAAGGCUGUCAGUGACUGCAUAGAGAAGGAUGGUUAUGACAACGUGGUUGAAAAUGACUUUCACACUGAUGUUAACACUGUUACGACCGAGAGGUAGUGAAAUCGCAAGACGACGUUUUUACCAGCAAAGAAGAUUCAAAGAGGGAAAAAAACCAAGCAACACAGCAA